GCAAUGGCUGCCCCUGGCAGGUGUGGGGUUGAGCUUGUUCGCGCGGGGUUGAAAGUCUGGCAGCUGGGUCCCCACGCGGUGAGGGAAUGGGUGGCCCCGUUUCGUUCACUUUUAGGCUGUCAAAGGAGGUGCGUGUCCAGUAUGGGGGCUGCCACUUUCUCUAAUCCCCGCCUGGCCUCAGCCUCUCGCCAUUAUGGCCAGGGCUCAGCUAUGGACCACUUCGUUGGAGUCUCUCAGCCCGAGAAUUCGCUGACUGCAUGUGCUCCGGCGGUGUCCAUGUAUAGAGAUGAGCAGAAUCUCCUCUUGGUUCAACCCCCUGACAUGCCUGAGAAUCCCCGAGUGCUACGAGUGGUCCUCCUGGGAGCUCCCAAUGCAGGGAAGUCAACGCUUUCUAACCAGCUGCUAGGCCGAAAUGUGUUCCCUGUCUCCAAGAAGGUGCACACUACACGUUGCCAGGCUCUAGGGGUCAUCACAGAGAAGGAAUCUCAGGUGGUACGUACCUGCAAAAUUCUGCUUGACACACCUGGAAUCAUCAGUCCUGUUAAACAGAAGAGGCACCAUCUGGAGCUCUCUUUGUUGGAAGAUCCAUGGAAGAGCAUGGAAUCUGCUGACCUUGUUUUAGUUCUUGUGGAUGUCUCAGACAAGUGGACUCGAAAUCAGCUCAGCCCUCAGGUGCUCCAGUGCUUGACCCAGUUCUCUCAGGUCCCCAGCAUUCUUGUCUUGAACAAGGUAGAUUGCCUGAAGCAGAAGUCAAUUCUCCUGGAGCUCACAGCAGCUCUCACUGAAGGUGUGGUUAAUGGAAAGAAGCUUAAUAUAAGACAGGCCUUCCGCCCAUGUCCUGACACCCAUUGUCCUAGACCAGCAGCCAAGGACUUAAAGACACAGUCUGAGAAAAAUGCUGGGAAGAUUGGCUGGCCCAACUUCCAGGAGAUCUUCAUGUUGUCAGCUCUAAGCCAAGAGGAUGUGAAGACACUAAAGCAAUACCUCUUGGCACAGGCCCAACCAGGACCCUGGGAGUUCCACAGUGGAGUCCUCACUAGCCAGACACCUGAAGAGAUCUGUAUCAACAAAAUCCGAGAGAAACUCCUAGAGUACCUCCCCCAGGAGGUGCCCUACAAUGUGCAGCAGAAGACAGUGGUGUGGGAGGAAGGACCAAGUGGGGAGCUGAUAAUCCAUCAGAACCUUCUGGUACCCAAAGAAUCUCAUAUGAGGAUCCUGAUUGGUGAGAAGGGCCAUCUUAUCUCCCAGAUUGCCCAGGAGGUGGGCCGCGACCUAAUGGACAUCUUCCUCUGUGACAUUCAGAUACGCCUUUCUGUGAAGCUACUCAAGUGACAACCCCUACUGCCCUUCCUAGGGCAUCCCACUCUAGCAGAAGUCAUUGACCAGAACUGUCCCUGCUGAGGGGACCUCCAGGGCCUAAUGAGUGGCAUGGACAUUGGCUGGUUCCACUUUGCUGAGUCCUGCCCAAUUCCUGCCCAGCUGUGUCUCCUGUUGGAGAAAGGAACCUGUCUUGGCUCACUUCCCAGUUAGUCAGUUUUCCUAGGUUAAUAGCUAUGUUGGUCUCAGAAACUGACCUCUUGGUAGGGGUAGUGCCACCCUCCCCUCCUCUCAAGGCAUUGUGCCUAGAGUAUUGUCCUAAGUUGCCAGUUCUUAGCAGGGAAGAUAUUUUUGUCUUCUUCUUAGUUCCUGCACCUUGAAAUCUUUUUUUUUUUUUUAGAGAAAGAGAGAGA